CGACUAAAGCUGACCCGAUUUCACUACAAGCAACGCAGCUUCGAUGAUGGUUUGAAUCCUUCGGUUACAUUAAUAAACAGCAGACCUUUAAUGAGUCAAAGACACCGAAGAGGAGCUCUGAUGGUCUCGUGUGAGAACCUUCUGGCAGACAGUGAACUGUUGAGUGGUUCACAUGAGGGCUCACUUAAGGCAUUUCGUGACAGACAACUGGCGGCAAACCGCAAAAGUGGUGGCAUUUUCUUUAAUCCAUUCAAAAGUGAUCGCGAAAAGUUGGACCAAUUGACUGAUCUGUUAAACCUAUACCAACAAACCGGUAUUCCAGAGCAAUCAGGUUUGCUAACGUUUCGGACCAAAUCCGAGACCACCGAUGACACAGAUAUAUAUUAUUUGGAGGACCAUUGGAUGUCUAUCGUUGCAAAUGCCGAAGAGUUACCAAAGAAGGUGCAGAACCAGAACGACGCCAUUUGGGAAUUGCUUGAAACAGAAGUGUUUUACUUAAGACGAUUGAAAGUGAUUACCGACCUCUUCCUCGCCUGUCUUUGCAAUUUGCAGAGCGAGUGUCUACUUAAUGAGAUCGAUACAACAAAGAUGUUCAGUAAUAUAGUGGAAGUGAGUGCCGCAAACCAUCAGUUCUGGUUCGACCAUUUACUACCUAUGCUUAGCUAUAGCCGCCAAACACAUCAACCACUUAAUCCUUUGCUUAUGAAAGAUGGCUUUCUUAUGUGUGAUCAGUUAUUUCAUCCCUAUAUGAAGUACUGCUUAGAGCACAGCACUUGUUUGCAAUAUGUUAAAGAAAAUCAUAAAAACAAUGAACUAUUCAAAGCCUAUGUUGUGUGGUGCGAAACACAUAAAGAUUGUGAACGACUACGGCUUAUGGACUUAUUAGUCAAACCUAUGCAACGCUUAACUAAAUAUUCAUUACUUCUUAAAGCUAUUCUUAAGAAGACUGACUCAGAUGAACAUAAGAUUGCACUAAAAAAUAUGAAUGAAUGUGUGGAGCGUUUUGUUUAUGGCGUCGAUGCGGCUCUUCGUCGACAACAUGAACAGCAAAAGUUGGCCUCAAUUGUGACCCGAAUUGAGAGUUACGAUGCAAUUGAUUGCAAUAACGAUGAGGCAGACAAGUUGUUGAAAGAGUACAUCCAUCUGGACUUAACUCAGCCAAUGAAUGGUUGUUCGCCUCAUUUUAUAAGGCAUUUGUUAGUCGAGGGAUCACUCAAACUGAAGGACUCAUUCGCCAGUAAAGUAGACGUUCACUGUUUUCUGUUCACUGAUUUGCUUUUAAUAUGUAAAUCAGUGAAUAAAAAAAGUGGAAACAAAGUCAGAGUAAUUCGUCAGCCAUUCAUAAUUGAUAGAGUCGUCACUCAAGAACUGAAAGACGGCACGGGUUUUAUAUUAUUAUAUUUAAAUGAGUUUAAAGUGGCUAAUGCUUUACAUCUGCUAUACUCGAGUGACACCAAGACAUGGAUCGAUUAUAUUAAGAAAGCACAGGAUCUCUAUAGACAUACCAAAAGCAUUUCUUCCGAAGCGCUAGAAAUUACUUACUUUCGCAAUCUUGAAGAAGAAGAAGACUAUGAUUUUCCAUCGAUGGCACUGUUGGCUACAUCUCGUAAUUCUCCCCGUAGUUCAAGCCGUUCCAGUCUUGUUCACUCUCAUAGUGGUUCAGUAGAUAUGAGUGACGCCACUUCUAGCACUUCAUUAGCAAUGAUACCUCCAGUUCACACUCCUAACUAUCUUCAAAAUCCAGAUUCAUGGCAACAACCUCCCCGUGCAGUUAGCUUUGAAUUGGGAGAACUGAGAAAUCCAAGUCUUGUUGUUGAAGAUUCUGAAUCUUUUGGUCGUUCACAUAGUGUUGAUAAUCGAUCUCCAGUUGCUGUUACCAUAACUUCUCCACGACCUGAAAGACGAGCCUUUUUGUUGCGAAAUUCAAAGGGUAGUUCCGGUCAAUACAGUCAAUAUCCAAAUACUUUGUCAGUGAAUUUGCCACCGAGUUAUCAUCCUAUGUGUGAUCACAAACAAAGUCUUAAAUCUCCACCAUCUCUGCCAUCAAUACAACUUCCUGUUUAUUCAUCGCCAACUAAAUCCAUAACCCCAUCAACAGUUCGUUCAUUACCUCCCCGACCAACUUCACCUACAAUACUGAACCGAUCCCUAGCAUUCAAUGCAAAUAAGCCACCGCUCCUUAAAACAAAAAACAUUUCGGGGCUAUUGAUACACUCGGCUCCGGCCAGUGAAGGGCCUUCACCUGUUCAUAGUCUCGAUAACGAUACACACUUAGACAAUAUUACACAAUAUUCAUCAAAAUCAGAUGAAUCAAUUGACAAGAAUAUUGAUAACACUACUGAAGAUCCCGAGUCUAUUAAGGGUCGCAUUAGUCAGAAAAGAAAUGGUAGAGCAGCCGAGCGCCGGUACCAUACGGCUGACUCUAUCGAACAUUUAAAAAAAGAAAAAGACUCGUCAAUACACAAAAGGUUGUCCUGGAAUUAUGGACAACACAACCAUAACCACAACCACAACCAAACUCAUGGCAAUAAAGUUAUUCCUUCGCAUUGCGAAAGGAUUUUAUGCAAUAAACACUUCAAUAAAUGUCUGAGCGCUGAAUCGGUCUACAGUUCCAGUGGUUUCAGCAGCACUUGUUCUGUGCCUUUGAGUGUCGGUAGUUCUGAAUGCGAACAGUGCGGCAUUGAAAUACUCGAUCACAUCCAAGAAAUGGACUCCUAUUCCAAUUCACCCGCCAUUACGCCCAACCAUCUCGACGACGACCAAACAUCACAAUCAAAUGAUUUCGAUUGUAAAGUCAACUCUAAUCUCAAUAUUAAAGAGUCGGACAUUAAAAUUGAUAUUUGCGAAGUCAAAGAUGGCAUUUCUUCAGUUCAGAUCAGAGUCACCGGAACUCCAAAUCAGGUGAAGCCAUCUAAAGCUGAUCUCAAGAAAAUGAAAGAAUUUCUACUUACAAACUAUAACGUCGAGUCUUCAGAAGUCUGACAGCAUUAUCUGAUGAUCAGAAG